GGCAUGCCGACCACGCUGCAUCAGCAGGGCCUGUCUCCUCUGUCGCUGGUCACCAGUCGGCCCGGCACCAACGGCGCCGGAGGCCACCCGCUGCCGCCCAGCUCUCCGUUCCUGGCCGGCAUGUGUCCGCCUGGGAUGCCGACUCCUAACGACACGCUGAUGACGCUGUGGAACUUGUACAGCAACAGACAGCCGCCGCCGUCGCCGCCGCUCAGGAGGCCCGAGGGCAUGGGCCUGGCGCCGCAGAGCGAGGCCCUCAACCUCGGCGUUCACAGAGAAAUGGCCAGGCAAGAAAGAGAACGAGAUGAGGAGCGCGAGAGGGAGUGCGAGCUGGUGCAGGAACGCGUAAGAGCGCUGAGCAAGGAGCGAGAGCGGCACUCGAAUAUCAAGCGGGACUGUCCAGAGGAGAUGUCUCCGCCGACACACAAAAAGGCCCGUUCAGACGAAGGCAAUGGGAGACCGGAUGCCUUCCCACACACCAAGAUGAGCAUCUCGACAAAAGGCGACAGCAGUAUAGUGGUGAGCAUGGAGAUGAACGGCGUAGGCUACCAGGGCGUGCUGUUCGCUCAGCCACGCACCACCCGUGUUUAGCGGACAUCGCUUGCGGUGUCAUCUAGAGCUUAUGGAUACAAGUAUUAGUGUGCGUGCCGCCGGCAGGACGAGCCUGCCCUCAAGAUGGCGACGUGCCGCACGUGCUGCAGACAGCAGAUCUCUGUGAAUAAUUGAUGUUUUCUAUUGCUGAGCAUGAAUUCAAUUUCACGAAUAGGUGUUGAUUUUUAGGUUUUUUCUUGGUUUUAAUGUGUUUUCUCGUUGAAGUGGUUGCUUUCACGGUUCCUCUCAGUGGAACCCAUGGCUGCGUGGCACUGUUUUGAUGCAUUUGUUUUGGUUUACAGUCAUGGAUUGGUUCCAGCCGGUACUUUUGUUUGGAAAGGUCAUUCUUAGCAUGAAACGCAGCCCGUGCGGCCGAGUUUUCAAGGUGUCGUUUGCUCAGGGAGGGAACAUUACCAGUCCAGAGAAAGUAGACACACGUAUCCUAUGCGCUUCGGCGUGGUCGUAGUCGAUAUCCAGGCCCGAGUCGUAUCACGUGUUCAGCAAAAGCUGAUGUAUA